AGUAGGUGGGGGGCGAUGUCAGGAUGUGAAGUGGAGGAAAAUAAAAGGGCAUUUUCUCAGUGAAAACUAGGGGUUAUUGUGCGUGAUAUAGUGUAAAUAGACAGCUAGGACAAUGAUCCACCUCACGUCGCAGAACAUGUCCGCCAAGGAGAUGAUCCAGAGUGUCUUUUCGCCGCUAAUUGGGGCGACGUGCAGCGCCCAGGCGGAGGAGAUGUGUCAGAAGAACAACUUAACGUUCGUGGAGAUGUUGCAGCCCUUCAGUCGCCUCAGCACGGACGCCAGCUUCAGGGACUCCUCCGGCACUAGUGUCUCCCUCAAGGGGACCCGCCUCAAUAUCUGUGAUGUGGCCUGGCGACCGCCCCAGACUGUGCUGGCGCGGAAGAUGCUCAACGAUUCCGUGACUACGAGUCAAUGUGACAAAUCACGGGCUAUUCAAGUGGACGACACCACUGCCCUCGACAUUCCAUUCAGUGAGCCGUGGUACGAACAGUGGCGAGAAACCUUCCUCACGGUCCAGUUUCCGGCAGAUCACGAGUUCACGAGACACUUCCUCAGCUGCCUCAUCGUCCUGUCCAGCUCCGAUCCCAAUCCGCUGGAGUGCGCCAAUCAGCUGACGCGAAAAGUGCAGAUGAUGCAGAAUGUGACGCCGCCAAAGUUACCCAAAUGGUUUACUCAGGAUCCUCUCAAUUGCUACGUGAUGCUCCACGACGGCUGUUCCGGGGACAUCACGAAGGCCCAGCAGGCUUUCGAGUCGCUGAAGAUGACUUAUGGGGAGAACAAGUGCUUCCUGGUGCAGAUCAACUCAUGCCAGGGCACUCCCGGCGAGUGUCCGGAUCCGUGGCUCAGGUACUUGAAGCGUCACCCGCGGCCGGAUCCCAAUCAGGUGGAGAACGAUAGCAGCACGCCAAAGUCCCCGCAAGACAGCGGAGUGUCGAUGACCAUGACAAUGCAGAUGAGCACUCUGGAGACGCCGCCGUCGGGAAUCCUCGUGGGCGAAGUGGUUCACCAUCCGCUGAGUCCACUGCAGGAGACGGGCGGUGACAUAUCUGCCAUGUCCACCAGCACCGAGAGCCUCACGUCGCAGCCCAUCAAUCCGAACGUGUGGGCGGCCACGGGGAAUGAGGAGCACGUGGAUGUGCCUCAUGGAAUGUGUCUCACGACGAGUGACACGGAGAAUCUGAGGCAUUUGGUGCAGGAUUUCAGUCUCAGAGCACUGAUUCCGUACAUUGAGAAGCUCAUCUACAGCUUGAAUGAUUCCAUCACGACCAAGAAGGGCGUCAGUCGAUCUCUGCUCACAGCCACCAAGCGCUGGUUCGUCACGAACAAGCCAGGCACGGGAAAUGCCACCCAAAACGCCGUUGUCUACACCAAUGAGUCCACAGAGCUGCAGACCAGGAAGAUUGGCGAUCUCUACUUCAUGUUCGGCCACUACGGAUCGGCUUUCCAAGCAUAUCAUCAGGCCAAGAGGGACUUCAAUGCCGACUCCGCGUGGCAAUACUACGCCGGGGCGCUCGAGAUGGCCGCGCUGUCGGCCUUUAUGCAAGGUGUGGCGAGCAGGAAGACCUAUGAUUACAUGGAGGAGGCCAUCGUGACCUAUCUGAACAUCUGCAAACUGCCCCAGUUCGCCACGAGAGCCACGAUUCUGAGUGUGGAGUGCCUGAGAGGAGGACGAUUGUUUGGCGAAGCGGCGAAGCAACUCAUUCGGAUGACCAGCGAAGACUCUGAUCUGCGAUCGGGAUUGUUCCUGGAACAGGCGGCGUAUGCCUUCCUCAGCUCUCAGCCGCCGCUCUUCCGCAAGUAUGCAUUCCACGCCGUCCUGGCUGGCCACAGAUACUCAAAGGCGGGCCAGCGGAAGCACGCCUUUCGCUGCUACAAACAGGCGCAUCAGGUGUUUGAGAAUCGCGGCUGGAGUUUGGCUGAGGAUCACAUUCAGUACACAAUUGGACGACAGGCGAUUUCGCUGAAGAAGCCCGAAGAGGCCAGCGUGCCUCUGUCUCAUUUGCUGCGUCCGUCGAGUCUGCAGAGUUCUGUGCAGCAAGCGGUGUUCCUCAGGGAGUACAUCCAGACGCACAGGGCGCUCCAGAGUGUUCAGGAGAAUGGCAAUCUGCUCAGCAUUUCACUGCCGCGCAUCGUGCAGGAGAGAACGAGGAUUCUCGUGACAUCUCAGCCGCCAAUGACCAUUCCUCACAUGAUUCCCGCCUCGAAUCUCACCAUCAACUCGAAACUGGACGCCGAGGCUGUGUGGGUGAAGCUGGAGGAGAUGGCUGCUCAGAUGGCGGCCAAUAAGCCCAUCAUGAUCUUCAAGCCCUGCAGGAGUCUCUUCACCUUCGAGACGGACAACACUGGGCAUCCGCUCGCGAUCCACGGAGAGCCGAUAGAGAUCAGCGUCACGUUCGAGAACACCAUCAAGAUUCCCAUUGUGUUCAGUGACAUUCAUCUGCUGUGGCGCUUCAAGAGGGCAAACAGUGGCGAGGAGAUGUCCAAUGCGCAUCUCUUCAGGGGCCUAAUUGACGGUGAGGCUGACCGGAAGGGCAUGGAGGCGGUGGUGUCGGCCAAUGUGGUCAGCACAGUGAUCAUCAACGAACAUGAGUACAAGACAAUACUGUUCAGAGUGACGCCCAAGAUCACUGGGAUGCUCCAUGUGACUGGUGUGAUUGGCCAAUUGUCCGCCGUCACAGAUCCCACGAGUCUCUGGGGGAAGAUGGACUUUGCGAAGAUUGCCAUCAAGACAAAAGAUCCCCCAAUCAAUGAUAAACCGCUGGAGUACGACAAGCGUCUCGACAUUCAAGUUCUCGAUCCGGCGCCGGCGCUCUGUGUCAGCUUCGGUGAGAUGCCACAGGAAGUGUUGGCGGGAGAAGUGAUCCCAGUCACUGUUCAGAUGACCAAUUGUGGUGCCACUGCGCUCACGGACAUCUUCAUGGCAGUUGAGGCGCCGCGAUGGUUUCUGGUGAGUCCCAAGAAGGCUGAACUUCCGCUGUCGGUGCUGCGGAACUUCAGGGAUCUCUCGAAUGAGAAUCUGAGCAAGGAUCGCGAGGCGAGGAAGCAGCAUGUCUUCAGGGUGGGCGGAAUUGCCGACACGGGAAAUCCUCUGCAGCCUAGUGAGACGAGGAGCACGACUUUCUGGAUCCAGAUUCCCUAUCGGAAGGGCGCUGUGGAUCUCAAGGCUCUCAUCUACUACAACAUGCCUCCGGAGUAUUCCAAGUUGAGGUAUCGUGUUCUCCGUCACGUGUGGAGCUUCAAUGUUAAUGAAUCCCUGUGGAUGGAGGCGAAUUGCAAUGUGACUAAUGGGAAGGAGAAGGAGAUUGGCAUUGAUAUGUCUCUGAAGAACCUCAAUCAGCAACACCACGCCGUGAUGACGGACAUUUCUCUGCAUGAAAUUCAUCUGUACAGUCCGGAAAAUCGUCUGAAUCCCCAGAAGAUUGUCUGGGCUGACAGUCCGGGCUGUAGGCAUUUGCUUCGUGACAAUAGUGGCCUAAAAUCAUCGGAUUUAGUGUCUUUUCGGUGCUCUUUGGAGAAGCACACAGUUAAUUUUGCCGCCAAUCAGACGCCAGAGCAAUUUAUCAGGGUGCAACUGUCCAGGGUGGCGAUUAGGGCGUCUGGGCCGGAGGAGGUGCAGCGAUUGCCGAAGAUUGGCGACGUGGGCAGCUUCCUGAUGAAGGAGGAGACAAAGUACAUCAAGGUGAUGGGCAGCGGCGGCACCAGUGAGGAGUUCAAUCAAAUAGUCGCCAAUGCGGACAAACACAUGACUUUGGGAGUGACCUGGAGUGCCCAAAUAAGCGAUAAUGGGGCCAACAGGAGGACGGCAGCUGGUCAGCACUUCGUCCAGCUCAGGCAUCUCUACGAGAGUGGAUUCUGUCCGCCUCGAGAGAGACUCCAAAGGACUUCGUUCUCUAGUCAUGAAGAAAUCUGCAGCAUAUUUGAUUUCCCAGCAGAUGAGCCUUCUUCUCAAGUUGAAGAUCAUCAGAGUGUAAACGUGGCGAGGAGGACUUUUCUUGAUGCUGACUUUAAGAUAGUGGAUUUAGAUGAAAUGAACAGUGAAAAAACCAAUUGACAUUAAUAUCAUGCGAUAGAUUUGUUCAUUUUACAAAUUAGGAGGCAAAUUAUCAAGAGAAUGUUGAAACAAAUCGUUAUAAAUUAUUUUAUAGAAAGAAAA